AGCGGCAGCUAUUGAGCAUUAGAUCGAUUGCGAAGCAAAAGCAGAGAAGGCAGCGGGCUUUUGUUCAAAUUCACACCCUUCAUCAAGUCUGCGCGGAUUCAGUGUAGUUCUGCAGAUAUUUAGACACAAGUUUACUUUACUGAGGAGGUUUCUGACGUAAAAACGAGCAUCAUUGCAGUCGGUGGUUUCUGUGGUGGAAAGCGGCAAAACUUGCUGUGUUUGCGCAUCAGCGACUCGAGACGUUUGUUUGUGUUUGACAAAGAAAAAUCAGGGGGGGGGGGGGGGGGACUUCCUUCCUUCCUGCCGCUUCAGUAAGUUGCUGUUCACUUCAGUUGUAGCGGAAAGACUCAUGAAGAAGAUGCUGCGUUCCUGCGCUGUCCGCAAAGGUGCGCAGCGCCGUUUGGAAUACAACGCGUAAAAAAGCGCCAUGAUCUGUCAGUCCACGCGUCGAGGCGAUGCUAUCACGGAAGGAUCUUCAGGAGUGGUGCCGCAUCACAUGCGCCGGUUACCCCAACGUGGAAAUCCAGAACCUGUCGAGCUCGUUCAGGGAUGGACUCGCAUUCUGUGCCAUCAUCCACAAACACCGGCCUCACUUCAUCGAUUUCAGUUCCCUCUCUAAAGACAAUGUUUAUCACAACAACAAACUGGCGUUUGAGGUCGCAGAAGCAAAACUGGGAAUCCCUGCACUGCUGGAUCCAAAGGACAUGCUGUCCACCCAGGAGCCUGAUGGUCUGAGUGUCAUCACCUACCUCAUUCAGCUCUACAGCAUCUUCAACUGGACGUCUUCUCGUGUCUUUGAUCCCUCGUCAUCACAGCCAUUGCAUCUCUCAAGUAAUGUCAUAAAGACUCCUGGUGAAACUCCUGAUGCUCACAAGCCUUUGAAGAGCUCGGCUGACCUGGAAACCAGCAGAGAAGGUCGCUGUGUGAACACAGUGACUCAAGCAGGCUGUAGUCUGUGCUUCACGCCUGUGCACCUCAUUCAGAGGCAUCUGGUUAACGGGAAAAUUUAUCAUCGUAGAUGCCUUAGGUGUAAGGUUUGCCACUGCACGCUUUUACCAGGAUCCUACAGACCAGGAAGUGAUGCUGGCUCCAUGACCUGCGCUUACCAUGUCACAAACAUUAAAGUUGUUCCCCCCACAGGCAAGUCUCAGGCGGACUUCUACUCUUUGAGUGGGCUGCCGGUCACCAGCGUGCCUCAGUACACCCAGAAAGUGGUUUGUGAAAGUCCACAGACAAAAGUGGAGGACAGGGGGGAGGAGAGCAGAGAGGGACAAGACAGAGGAAGCUCACGUGUUGGACCUCCUCCUCCUCAGUCCAGUGUUGAAGAAACUACACAGGGAGCUGAUGAGAACAGAGGAGGGCAGAAGAGUGCAGCUUCAGGUUCAUCUUGUGCACAGGAGACAAAUGGGAGAACAGGUUUAGUUUCCACCCGGAGCUCAGACUCCCCUGCGUUUCCUGUUCCUGCACCCAGAGGGAAAGCUGCCCAGAAAGCCAAGGCCGACCCUGCUGCAGCAGGUGUUUCUGGUAACCAUUCUGCAGCAGGCUCUGCUCAAAUGCAGGUCUUUGACAACAUCUCCCUAAAGAAAAGCCCCAAAGUGAAAGCCAACCAUCCAUGGAUGAACUUUGUUCACCCCGGACCCUGGACGCAGCUGCCCCCAGCUCCAGCUCCUGUCCCUCUGCCUCGAUCCAAACCCGUCUCAGAUCCGCCCAGGUCAUGGAAUGAACCAAAGAAAAAGACGCUCAACCCUUUUGAAGAAGAAGACGAAGAGGUGGAGGACACUUCAGAAACUGCAGAUAGAGCUCAUUCCACGGGGCCUGUGACGGCCGAUGACACCCACAGGGAGUCACAUGGACAGGCUGGAGUUAUAAAGCAUGCAGAAGUGUCAGAUGGGACAAAAGCAGGACCAGGCCCAGACUCCUCUUCACCACCAAAAUGUAUUUUACCCAGAAGUCUCACUGUGCCUGACGUCACAUCUGAGCAUGCUGAAACUGGAACAUCAGAGCAAUCCUGUAAAGAAAAUCCUUUUGACAGAAAAGCUCACAUGUCCAAGUCCCAGACUUUUUCAUCCAGUCGGGGUCCAGCUCCAGGCCACGGCUUCCCCCUCAUUAAGAGGAAGGUAAGAACAGACCAGGAUCUGUGCAUGAAUGACCUGCAGAAUCAGAUGAAGGAGCUGGAGAAAAAACUGGAAUAUCUGGAACAACAAGGAGUUGAACAGGAGAGGAUUCUCAGAGCACGCCGGAAAGGUAAAGAGGAGGAAAAAAUGCUUACAGAGUGGUUCUCCCUCACUCUUGAACGACUACUUAUAUCACACAAAAGCUCAGAACUGGUCUAUUUGAUGAAGCAGCAGAAUUUGGAGGACAGGCAGGCAGAUGUGGAGUAUGAGCUCAGAUGUCUCCUCAACAAACCAGAGAGUGAAUGGAGUCAGGAGGAUCGGGGUCGUGAGCAGCAGCUGAUGGAUGAGCUGGUCUCCAUCAUAGAGCAGAGAAAUCAGAUCAUAAGCGGCUUGGAUCAGGACCAACAGAGGGAUAAAGACAAAGAUAUGCUUUUGGAAGAAAAAAUGAAGAACCGAGAUUUUCCGAAGGAAGGAGAGAAAGGGCUCAAGAAGCCAAAAGGAAAGUUCAAACCUGCACAGGUGUUUAAAAUCCUGAACAACAAACCCGAGAGCAGAAAGGACUCUGGGAGGAAAAAGGACUGAAGAGCUGCAGGAACAUUCUGGUCAAUUUUAGAUUUAGUUUCUCAUCUGUAGAAGAGAAUCUAGAUUAUCCAAAAAUGUAGGGACUGGUAUGAGCUCUCGUCUGUUUGGCACAUUCUGUUCAAAUUGUUUACAAAGUCCAGCAAGAGAAAAACGGAGUACUUUGAAAUAGAAACCAAUUCCUACUGAUGUUAUUUUUUUACCACUUUUUUAAAACCCUGUUUUAAGAAAAAUAUUUUUCCAAACCUGCAUCACUAGAAAAUGCUUAAAGUUGUUGUCCUACAGAUUUCUUCUGAGACAAAAUCAGCCAUGCAGAUUCCUGCACUAUCUUUUGCUAUAUUUACUUUUUAGUUUUUUUUAGUAAUUUGGUUAAAGGGGUUCAUCAGAAAAUGUAUAGAAAACUGUGAAAGAGAGCAAUUUUACAAGUGACAUUUUUUUAAAAGGUUGUGACAAGAAUCUCCUGUCAAAUGUUCACUUUUAUUGUAAAUUAUUGCAACUUGUUGUUUACUAAAUUAACAAAGAAUCAAUUGCAUAUUUCAUAGUUGGGCUAUAUUUGAAAAAAAAAAGUUUAUGUGUAACCAACAAACAGGAUUAAUUUUGUUGUUAAAAACGUGAACAUUUCUUCCUUUUUGUGUUUAGAAAUUCUUACCCAUCCACUGCUAUAUUUAUAAAAUAGGUAAUGAAGAAUUGUUUUAAAAGAAAUCUCUUUUGUAUAGACACAUUUUAUUAAAUAAGUGAAGAAUCUAAAUGGAUCUGUUCUUUGACAAAGUGCCAGCUGUUUGAGCUUAACCCUAGCAAAAAGUUGACGCUUUUAUUUUUUUAAGUUUGCUUGAAUAUAAGUAUAAAGCAAGUACGCUGUACUAAAGACCAUGUUCAUGUAGUGUAGAGAUGAAGUAUACUAACAGAAUAUUUCUUGAGACUGGAAAUUGGAAAUUUUAAGUUUACAAUAUCUAGAUUUUAUCUUGACAUUAUAUUUUAAAAAAAUAAACGUCAAGUAUACUGCCUCACAUUUAUAAGUAUACUUGUAGUACACUUAAAUAGACUACUUCUUGCAAUGAGUAUUCUUACAUAAGACAGGAAAGCACUUGCAAAAACAUUUUUAUGUUGUUUAUUGUGAAUAUCUUUUCAUUUGAUCACGUAGGAAAAUAUAUUAGAUGAAGAGUAAAAAAAACAGAAUCCAGCCUUAGCUCUGAAUGUUUUUUCGCAUUCGGUUGACCCAAUUCUGUUCUUUAACUUUGCACUAAGUGACAUGCCAUUGUUACUCGUUUUCUAUAAAUGCAGGGCAAAAAAUUAAGAAUUAUUAGUAUUCAUUUUCUCUCAAGGGUACAUUAAAAUAAAUGUUGAAAACUAUCA